UAAACGCGUGCACUACAUCAUCUCUACAAUUAACACCGCCUUAUUAUUUCCCUUUCUUACUCGUUUCUCGUCUCUCUCCCACCAAUCUCUCUCUCAAUUCUCCCCCAAGUCGCCGUCUGAAAAUGACGAAUUACGGCACAAUACCGCCAUCCUCCUCCUCCUCCGGCAAGGCCGUCGAGUAUCUCUCCCGCGCCAAGCACCACUUCCGAGAAGGCCUCGCCACCUGCCGCCCCUGGAAAGAGCUCGCAAAGUCAAUCUCUCUCCCCUCCGGCCUCCGCGACGCCACCGAGCGCCUCAAAAUCAACCUCACUUACUUCCGCACAAACUACGCCAUCAUCGUCUUACUCAUCCUCUUCUUCAGCCUCCUAUGGCACCCGAUCUCGCUCAUCAUCCUCGCCGCGCUCAUCGUCCUCUGGCUCUACUUCUACUUCCUCCGUGACGAGCCGCUCAUGAUCUUCCACCGCCUCAUCAGCGAUCAGACGGUCCUGAUUGUUCUCUCCGUGCUUACUUUCGUUGUCUUGCUUUUUACCGGCGCCUUCUGGAAUGUCAUAUCGGCGGUUCUGAUCGGAAUCGCGGUUGUAGCGGUUCACGCUGUUGUUAGAAAGACCGAUGACUUGUUUUUGGAUGAAGAAGCCGCGGAGACGACCGGUUUGAUGACUAGUUCAUCUUGAGAUUUUCCGAAAUUUUCGGAUUUUUCGAAUUUGUUUUGUUUAUUCUUCCUCUUCGGUCUUCACGUAUAGUUGGAUUGAAGCUGUUGAAUUUGCAAUUUGACUUAUCUCUAAAUUUGUCAUGUAUAAUUGUUGUAAUCAUAUCAUUUGUUGCCUUGUGCA